AUGCCCUCCUACGCUAUUACCGGAGCCUCCAGAGGCAUUGGUUGGGAAUUCCUCCGCCAGAUAUCCAGCGACCCCAAUAACGUGGUCAUUGGUAUUGUUCGGGACAAAGCGACCACCGAGAGAAAGGUCUUACAGGAGCUGCCUGGUAGGCCAAAUAUUCAUAUCCUCCAGGCCGACCUUGUGGAUUACGCUGCCCUGAAAGCUGCGUCCGCAGACACGGCUCGAAUCACUGGCGGCGGACUGGAUUACCUGAUUGCCAACGCUGGUCUCAUUUCUCAAUUCGACGCUUACGACCCAAUCGGCGUUUUAGGCCAACAGCCCGAAGCGCUUCAGCAAAAUCUGCUCGAAUACUUCAACAUCAACGUCGUCGGCAACAUCCACCUAUUCAAUCUCUUCACGCCUCUUAUCCUCAAAGGAGACGCCAAAAAGGUCAUCGCUUUAUCCACCGGUCAAGCUGAUCUGGACAUCAUCCCGAAACUCAAUAUCGACUUGUGCCCUGCUUAUGCUAUCAGCAAGGCGGGUCUGAAUACCGCGGUGGCUAAGUUCAGCGCGCAGUAUGCUAAGGACGGAGUCUUGUUCAUGAGCAUUUGUCCUGGAAUGGUCGAGACGGGGCAUUUCGCUAAAGCAAAUGAGGAGCAGAUGAAAGGCCUGAUGAGGAUGCUGGGCUCUUUCAAAGAGUACGCGCCUUAUAUUGAAGGUCCGGCUACCCCGGAGGAGUCGGUCAAGGAUGUCUUGUAUGUGAUGGAUAACGCUAGUGUUGAGAAAGGGCAUGGCGGAUCUUUCCUGUCUCAUCAUGGCAACAAACAGUGGCUUUAA